AUGUUUUGGGGUUUUUGUGAAGCGCUUAAUUUCCUACAAGAGUACAAGAAAAUUUCACCCGCUGAUGGCCCGUUACCGGACCGUCUGGACAUUCUGCUCUUUGGUAGUGGAGACCCGCGCCACAUUCUAGCAACCGCCGCUCAGCUUUUCCUUCAUCCUGGUGUAAAGGUGAACCUAUACCUUGCGGAAGGAUGCAUCGAACUGCUUGCACGCCAUAUGGUGCUGGUAGCGAUCGCCCUCGAAGACCCUCAACUGCUAUCACUCAAAGGUAAAACGCAUCUGUUCAUGGACAUCUAUGGUAACAGUCUCGUACGUCCGUUUAGCAGCGCGUAUCUCUCCAGCAAGGCGAAGGAACUGAUAAAAAUUAUUACCGACCCCGAGUAUGCACAUCGGCAGACACCGAUCUUCAACUAUACCGCCCUGCGCUACAAGGAACGUGAUCAGCUGGCGGAUGUAUUUCGCUUCUGGACCAAUGCUCCCGAGCACGUGUUUAACGUUGCCCGCUACUGGGACGAUCGGUUACGUGCUCAGCUAGGUGUGAGGUACGAUCAUCGCGACGGUGCAUUUGAUUGGGAUUUGCAGAUGAAACUGCGGCCAAAUGGAGCGACACAGAUAUGUCCGCAGGAGUACAAACACUGGCGGGAAACGGGAGUUGGAUUUACCUUUCCGGAGUACGAACAGAGUGAUCCGAACAAAACGUUCGCGGUAGGAUUGGUGCGCAACGGGAAAGGUUUCCUGCACCGUGGUUCAGUCGGUGACAAUAUGACUGGUCCGUAUAUAGGCUUCGGUCAGCGCUGUGCCGAGGAGCGGCUUACUCGAUCGAAGCACGGUGUAAACGAUUUCCGUUCAACUGAUGUUACGGAGCGGAAUGUGCUACAAGUAAUGUACGAAAUCCAGGAACGUGUCCCCUACUGUUUCGACUUAAAGGACAUCCAUCAAUUCGGUUCGCACCAGCUGGAUACAGGGAAGAAUCUCAACAAACACGAAGCUCGUUCGGAACCGGUAGAAGCCGUACAGUACAAUAAACCGCUUUUACCAUGCGAAAAUUUGACCGUUCAUCUGCUCUCCGUUGAGGACGUUUUGCGGAUGCAGGACCUGGAUCGAUUUGGAGCGAAAUUCGACGCAGUAUUUGUGGCCAGCAACUAUUUCAGUUUGCUGAAGGACGGGUUCAACCGGAUGUGGAAGGAUAUCUGUCUGGUGUGCUUCGAAACGCGCCAACUAACCGUUUUCAGCAAUGAAGAGAUAGAAGAACACAUCGCACAGAUAAAAGCGUACGCGCAGAAGCAAUCCCUCACACCGGUUACGAACGUUUCUAUCAACAAAACACAUUCUGUACUGUUUUACAAACACCAAGGCGUAUAG